AGAAUUCCGCUUGUAAGUGUAUAAAUCUGGUCUGGAUGUCAAAUCCAACUGAGUAAUCUUGUCUCUGAGCUCUAGCUUUUCCUUAGCUUGAGCAAAUGGAACUGCUUCCAUGUCUGUUUCCUUGCACCACAGAGAAACAACCUCAGACCCACCCUAACGACCUUAUCUCAUCAGAAUCAUCUACCUUCUCCUCCCUUGAUUCUCAACAAAGUUUACUAUCUGUUCCUUCCCUUACUCCACAAUCUUCUCAGCUACAUCAUCACCAAAUUCCCAUCGUCCACCACCAAUGCCUGGCCACCCUCUCUGGCCACUCUUCUUCCGUUUCCUCCCUCACUCUGGCCGGGAAGCUCCUCUACAGUGGCUCUUCAAACAACGAGUUACGUGCCUGGAGACCAGACCCUUCAAAUUCUGUGCAUCCAGACUCUACCGACAAAAUAAUUGCUACCAGUAAUGGAGCUUUUAAGUCCCUGGUCAUUAUAGGAGAUAAGCUGUUCAGCGCUCACCAGGAUUGCAAGAUCCGUGUAUGGAAAAUUAACAAAAAUAGCCACCAAAAGUAUAAUUGCAUAGCCACUCUUCCCACAAUGAACGAUCGUUUCUUCAGAUUCUUUUCAGGAAAGAACUACGUACAAGUGAGGAGACACAAGAAAUGCACAUGGGUACACCAUGUUGACACCAUAACAGCACUCGCCAUUUCCAGGGAUGGCUCUCUUCUCUUUUCUGCGUCAUGGGACCGGACGUUCAAGGUCUGGCGAACCACAGACUUUAAAUGUUUAGAAUCAGUUUCUAAAGCGCACGACGAUGCAAUCAAUGCAAUGAUAUUAUCAAAUGAUGGGUUUGUUUAUACGGGUUCAGCUGACAAGAAAAUCAAGGUAUGGAACAAACAUGAAGGCAAGAAGAAGCAUUCGCUGGUGGCGACAAUGGAGGGGCACAAAUCAGCAGUUAAUGCUUUAGCUCUCGAUACAGAAUUGUGUGUUUUGUAUUCUGGUGCUUGUGAUCGAUCUAUUCUUGUUUGGGAAAAGGCCGACACUGGCAGUGGACAUAUGGUGGUGGCAGGUGCGCUUAGAGGGCACAGCAAGGCAAUUUUGUGCUUGGCAGUUGUGUCAGAUUUGGUAUGCAGUGGAUCAGCUGAUAAUACAGUUAGGAUUUGGAGGAGAGGCGAAGAGAAGAAUUAUUAUUGUCUGGCAGUACUUGAAGGACAUACAAGACCAGUUAAGUGCCUGACUGCAGCUGUUGAUCACACUAAUAAUGAAGGUAGAGGCAGUGUUUUUUAUUCAGCUGGUACCUCGUAUCUUGUUUACAGUGGUAGUUUGGAUUGCGAUGUUAGAAUUUGGCAUGUAUUUUUGGGUUCCAAUUCCUCGGUUUCUUAGUAAUUUAUUUCUUUCCUUCCAAGCAAUCUUGUAAUCUUUUGUGUAAAGAUGAAACAAUUUUCUGUUACAUUUAGUAUUUUUUAGCACAGAUAUUUUUUGGAGAAAUAUUAAGUAUAACAUGGAUGGAAUAUAAUAAAAUAGAGUCAUUUUGA